AUGUUCUCGUUAAAAGGAGAGACUGACGCUCCUAUUCCCGCGACAUCAUCAUCCCACACUAGUGGAGCUCCACGGUGUGCGAUGUGAUGAUGCUCAGUCCUGCACAGUAGCAGCUACAGGAGGCGUGCUUGUCCCUGCCACAGGAGCUCAGGAGGAGGACCGGAGCGGCCCAGCAGGCUCUUACCGGGCACUGGACACACCGUGAAAAGAGAGCGCUUUUUUGGGGGUGCCCUGCCCCCGCCUCCCACCCUCCCGAGCGAUGGCAUCUACGGAUCGAUCAGCGGGAGCGCGUUGAGGCUCUGAGUGAUGCAGUCUCUGUUUGGCGGAGGGGAGCUGGGGCUGCUGGGAGGAGGCGGCGAUGCAGGGGGCCUGAAGGAGGAUGGCUGCGGCAGCAUGGCAUGGCGCUCCUCGCCCCUGCCCCCCGACGAUGUCUACUCAGCCUCACACUUUGCCCUUAUCACGGCCUAUCAGGACAUCAAGACGAGGCUGGCCUGCCUGGAGCGAGAGAACACCAGUAUCAAGAGGAAGCUCAAGAUCUAUGAGAUCAAGUUCCCUAUGAUCAGCGAGUUUGGGGAGGACACAAACUCCUACUGCUCUUUCGAGAGCAAGGAGACGGCGCUGCUGCACUCAGAAAAUGGCAACCUGCAGCAGAGAGUCAACGUCCUGACCCACGAGCUCCAGAAGAGAAAGGAGAGAGAGGAGCAGCUGGAGGAUGUGAUCCAGGCCUACGAGAAGAUUCACAUGGAGAAGAGCAACCUCCAGAGGGAUCUCGACAAGAUGACGAGCCUGGUGGAGAAGCAUGUCGAGCGUAUCCUGAACCUGGAGUCAGCUCUGAGGCAGAGAGACAGUUCCCUGCAGAAACUCAACAUGCAGCUGCACAGCAAAGACAUGCAGUAUCUGCAGCUGCACGCCGGCCCAGACGCACACAUGCUGGACUGUCCAGCCCUGACCCUUCAGAGCUCCCGCAGCCUGGACGCCCUGUCCGACCUGAAGCUGCAGCGGCUGGAGGCCGAGCUGGAGGGGGCGCGGCACGAGGCCCAGGGGGCGUGUCAGCGGGAAGAGGAGCUGAAGGCGGAGUGCGAGAGACUGAAGGAGGAGAUAAGACAGAUACAGAACAGCCAGAGGGAGAGGGAAAUGACUUCUCCGUGCAAGCAGUGUGAUGUGGAGUGGAUAAAGAAGGUGGGAGAUGAGCAGGUGAAUUUGGCUCUGGCCUACACAGAGUUAACAGAGGAGCUGGGGCGCCUCCAAGCACUGAGCUCCAAGCAGACGGAGAUCCUGAGGAAAGCCUCACAGGAGCAGGCCAGUCCAGUUCAGCGCCACUCUCCCAUCCACCAUCAGCGCCACUCUCCAGUAUCCCAGCGCCACUCGCCCAUCUCACAACGCCAUUCUCCAGUCCCACCUCCGCCGCAUCACUCCCCGAUCCAACAGAGACGCUCCCCAGUGCUGCAGCGCCUCUCACCGGACAUGCACCGACGCUCACCCCUGCUGGAUGUCAACAACGGACCGGCCUCUUACUCCUGCCGGCCGCCAAGCCAGCACCUGAGGGCCAGUUUCCAGGGCCGUCGAAGUUACUCCGAGGUUGCCGACCCCUCGGCUUACCAGUGCCCACCCCGCUUCUCUCUGGACCCUGUCUCCACCCUGCCUAAGCCCCGGCCUUACGUUGAGAGCUACCCAAAACAACAGCCCCAGCAUGUGGGCUCUCCUCAUGGUGGACUGCAGCACAGGGGUUCCCCAUCUCCCCACCAAAGUGGUGCAGGAGGAGACGGGGGGCACGGGGAGAGCUCCAUGCGCCACUCCAGAGAGAUGCCAUUCCCACUGUCUGAGGUGGCUCACCUUCAUUUCGAGCCCCCUCCUCCUUCCACUCCGGCACCCCAGCCCCCACAGUCCUCUGAAGACGAGGAGGAGUGGACCUGCCCACAUCCCAUCAGCCCACCGCGGACGCUGGGAGCACUUUCUGCAGCAGUGCCCAGUGGUGUCAUGAGAGGCCCAGCGUCCUGCUCAGCCUUCCCCAUCCCUCAGAGGCCUAACACCCUCAGCUGCCACCCGCAGCCGGGGUACAUGUCAGCGGAGCAUGCUCAGUCCUGGCCUUCAAUCAAUCUCUGGAUGGAGACCGAGGAGAGUGACAUGCGGAGCUGCCCUCUGUGCCAGCUGAUAUUCCCCGUUGGUUACCCUGACGAUGCCCUCAUCAAGCACAUUGACUCCCACCUGGAGAACAGCAAGAUCUGAUUGCCAUGGCAACCAGCCCGCACACACACACACACACAUCUGCGCUCUCCUCUUAUAGAUUAUGUAAGAGACUGGCAGACCCGGACAAACGGAGAGUCGUACGUAGAAUCACAGGCGAUCAAUUUAGCACCAGUUAGCUAUGUGCAAAAAUCUGUAGGUAGGGAUGCAAAACGGCACAGGGGCCGGUUUUAUUUGGGGAGUACUUAAACACGGGUCCGUCUUGGAUUUGUGAGUGUACAUGCAGAGUCCUUUACUGAUUGCCCUUACCACAGCUCUGCCUGUAUAAUCACUGGCUCUGGUUGCUGCUGUUUUGUAAUGAGUCUUGUUGUGUGAUUUCAGACAGUUUCAGUUUCAGGUAUCGUGUUGUUUUUCGCUUCACGCUUAGUACACUUGAGCAAAGUAAGCCGAAGAUGGGGUAUGAGAGGCAGGCAUGCCAGUUCAGGAACUCAGCAUGGCAAAGCGUUAGGUUCAGUGUUCAAGAGUAAACGAUCAGGGAGAGCUGAGGCGUCCUUUUUGACAGACUAUUCUUACCACUUAGCUUUAAAUACUGUACACCUGCUUGGAAAUUUUCUAUCUCACACACAUACUACAGUAUAUUUUGCAGAGGAUCCUGUGCAGUAAGUGCCAAGGACAGUGAUCUGGUAGAAGCUGGCUUGUUGAAAUGGUCUGACAGACACACAUAUGGGACAGUGAUAAGUCGUAGAGUGAGAGAAUGACACUGUGAAGGAAUUCUGAUUGAUUGGCUGUCGAUCAGGGUUUGAUGCCGCUUCACUUUCACUCUUUUAGAAACAAGGGAGUAUGUUUCUGUGGCAGUUAAGAAAGCAUAAAACAUUCCAGUCUCACAUUUCAUCAACUGACAAAUCAACUGACAAGCUGGAGAAUACGAAUGUGAAAGUAGGUUUGGAUCAGCCUGAGGGCGGUUUUGAUGAUGCCCUGCAGGGCGGGGCACUGAUGCUGAUGUGUCUUCUGAGUGGAGGGAAAUUUUAGUCAGAAUAUACCUUUAUGCUUGCAGCCUGUUAAAAAAAAUCUACGUAUCUUAGCACUUUAAUUUAGCAUAGCCUAUAAAAUGUAUCUGUUUUCAGUCCCCAUAUAUAUUUUCCAUGUAUAAUUUACUAUUUAUAUUGUCUAUCUGUAAGGCAAAAAAAUAUAUGAAUAUAUAUUUUUGCAAAUGUUGAUGCACCACGUGUCUCAUGUUGGUGACAUGUUUCUCCCACGUGCUUGCACACGGCUGUAUAUAGAGGAUUCGAAGGUCGAAAUCCCACUGCAUGGGAUGCUUUUCUGUAUAAAGACUUAAAAUUAUCAACUGGGAUUCUCCUCGGUCUUCCUAAAGAUCUGACCUUCAAAAACAGUUUGAUGUCACGACUGCCCAGACCACCCAACAAAAAAAAAAAAAAAAAAAAACUUAAAGAAUACGUACUGCAUGAGAUCAAGACUUCUGACCUGCUGUGAGGGAGAAGUGGCAGGCUUUUUAGUGUACUGUAUUUCUAUCUCGGAGAUCUGACACCAGAACCAUCAUCUCCAAUCAGCAACGUUAUCUCUGCAGGGUUUAAGCAAAGACGAUACUCUUCUUUUGAUACAUGGGUUUAAUUUUUAUCUAAAGUGGAAUCUCGUUUCGAGAUCUGCUUGUGGAACUUGAACUUCUUUUUUGAAAAAAGGAGAAAAAAAAAGUUACACUGAUGUCAGCUAAUCUGAGGCUUUCAGUUACAUGUGCAGUUUCUAAUGUCGGGGAUGUCCCUGCACACCCACCGAUGCAUUUAAGCUGGUCUGAUACUGAAGAGAUGAAAUGCAGUAGAUUAGAGCGCAUAGUCUAAUGACUGUGGCAGCAGGAUGAUGCAGGACAUAGGUUUCAAGUCUUUGCGUCAGCUAACCUCAACCCCGCUGAAGUACUCUUGAAAACACCCGAAUCCCUACAAGCUCUGGAGACUUUGCUUCAGGCUAAAACUUUUCUGUGAAGGUUUGAAAAAUAAAGAGAAUUUUCCAGUGGGAGUCAAAGAAUAUAUCAGAUUAAAGGAUAAUUCUGGUUUAUUGCCACUUGGACUCGUUUUGGUAGGUUUGGACACUGGUUCAGUCAUGAUCUAGUGGAGUUUACUUAAACUGAGACCUGCGAAUGCACCUUCGUCUCCCGUAUCGUAACUGUAAAGCAUUACUCCGGAGCAGUUUAUACUCCGACAGAGGAAGUUAAAUAAAUAUGAAAGGUGCAACACAACUAGCUAGUCAUUAUAUCUUCCUCCAUUUUAAUGUCUUUCACUCUAAAUUCCCUGAAGUGUCUGCGCUGUUGAGGAGGGCUUGCUGUUGGUAAAAUGACUCACAUAUGUGGGUCAAAGUUCACCCAAGCUGAAGCUGAUUCAAAAAAAAAAAAAAAAGAAGAAGCUGAGUCAUGAGUCCACUGGAAUGAACUGAAUUUGUUAUCACUCGAAAUCUAAUUCAAAUUAUUUUUGAGGCCAA